UCCUCGGCCUCUGUUUACCUUCCCCGUUUUUACCAUCUUUUUUCUGCAACCAAGACAAUGGCUAGAACCAAAGAAAAAAAGUCGUCCAAGGGCGUGAAGCGUGAAUUCUCCUCGGAACCUGCGACUCGUGUUGCUGAGGAAGACCGACCCGCUAAGAAAACAAAGCUUCUUGACGAUACCGACGAUGAAGACGAUGAGGAAGACGUUGGAGGCGUAUCGCUGAAAGUCAAUGAAGAGUAUGCGCGUCGGUUUGAGCAUAACAAGAAGCGCGAGGAAAAGCACAGAUUGGAAGAGAAGUAUGGCAAAGAGGAUGACUCUGAGGAUUCGGAAGAUGGCGUGGAAGAAGAUGACGCCGGAGAACUUGUUACCGAAGCCCUCGACGCCGAUAUUUCAGCUACUCUACAAGCCCUACGCUCCAAAGACCCCCGCAUCUACGACUCGGAAGUCAAGUUCUUCCGCGAGGAGGACAACGAUGGCUCUGCACCUACAAAUGGAACAAACAAAGAAAGCUCAAUGACUUUGAAGCAGUACCAUACCAAGAAUCUGUUGGAGGGCAAGUUUGGCGACGAUGAGGAAGCCCCACCUAAAACCUAUGCGCAAGAGCAGGAGGAAGCACGUCAAGAUCUGCUUAAGGAGGCCUUAGCAGCGGAAGACGGUGAGGACGAAGAUGACUUCAUGGUCGCGAAACGCAAAAUCGAACCGGCUCCCAAAACUCAGCGCCCCAAAAUCACAGCUGCAGAUAUCGAGAACGCCGAUAAGGAUCCUGAGAACUUUUUAUCCAACUACAUGGCAUCUCGCGCCUGGGUGCCCAAGGGAGACACCCAAUUCAAGCCGCUAGAGUCCGACGACGAGGACGAAGAAGCCGCGGCUGAUGAAUACGAGAACUCUUACAACCUCUACUUCGAGGACACCCCGAAUGCCAACGAGAAACUUGUCACUUAUGCUCGUGACGCCGUCGCAAAGACUACUGUUCGCCGUGACGGCCAAAGCAGCCGAGCGAAAGCGCGCGAAGCAGCAAGAGCGAAGCGAGAGGCGGAAAGGAAACAGCGCGAGGAGGAUCUUGCUCGCCUACGAAAACUCAAAGUGGAUGAGAUGGAACAGAAAGUCAACAAAAUUCGUGAGGUUGGUGGCUUGAAGGGACGUGACUUCAACGUGGCUGAAUGGAAAGAUGUCCUGGAAGCCGAUUGGUCCGAUGAUCAAUGGGACAAGGAGAUGCGCAAGCGCUUCGGCGAGUCGUACUACGACGACGAAGAAGGGAUCGGAUCGGAUAGCGACGAUGGCAAGAAAAAGAAGCGGAAGCCCAAGAAGCCCAAGUUCGAUGAUGACAUCGACAUCAAAGACCUUGUCCCCGAUUUCAAAGACGACGAAGACGAAAAGCCCGAAAUUGACCUAUCUUCAGACGACGAUCAAGAUGCCGAACCUGGAGCUGAGGAUGAAGAUGAAGACAUGGACGACGGAACCAGCAAACCCUCAAAAACCAGCAAACAGCUCAAGCGCGAACGUGCCGAUGCGAAAAGCGCUUCUCGUCGCGACAGGCGUCUAAUCGAGAACCUCGUUGAUGACAGUCUGAAAUACGAAAAAGCCAUGGCGACAAGUACCAAGAAAUCCGCACCUGUGCGUUUCCGCUACCGCGAGACAUCACCAACCACCUUUGGCAUGACGGCGCGCGAUAUUCUCCUCGCAAGCGAUAAGCAGCUCAACGAAUUUGCAGGCCUCAAGAAACUCGCCACUUUCCGUGAUCCGGACAAGAAGAAGAAAGACAAGAAGCAUCUCAGCAAAAAGGCGAGACUGAGGCAAUGGCGACAAGAAACCUUUGGCAGUGCUGAUGGACCAAAAGGUGGUUUCGAGGCUUUGGUCGGCGACGAGGCCACUGGUGAUGUGCAGAUGGGCGGUGUGGAAGACGGAGGAGUGAACAUCAAGGAGGGCGAAGGCAAGAAGAAGCGGAAGAGAAAGAACAAGGGGAAAGCCAAAGCGGAAGCUUGA